AUGGCCUUCCCCUACAUUGACACUCCACGAACGGAAAUCGACGGAAACGCGACUUAUCUGACGAAUGGAUUCCGCAGCGCGGGGCGACAUCACUUGUCUGCACUCGAUUCACUUGAAAAUUCCUUCCAAACACCCUCAAAAGACAAUGAUGUGAUUAAAGGAUUCGACAAACGCGCCACCCCUCGUGGAGCUGCUUCCAAACCGGCAAGAACCGCGUUGCGACACCUUCCAGCUGCAGGCCCGGAGAAGGGGGAAUUCACACCGUUGAUGAAGAGCGCCACGAAAAACAACUACUUAAGGAGCAUGUCAACGACAAGAGGGGCAGAUGGUCCCAAAACACCCGGAUAUCAGCGAGACACAUAUCGGAGCAACGCCCAGACGCCUCGAUUACCUGCAAUGGACAUGUCCGACAUAUACGAAGAAGACCGGAUCCAGGAAGAGGCGACUCCAAUGCCCCACGCCGCAAGCAGCAGUGCGCAGAGUACACCACUGCCCGGGCGAGAUGGAGGAGUGCUGGGUGAAGGUCACAACAACCUAUCAUUGAAGGAACAAGCCAUAGCCCUGGACAAGCUCAGUAAAGACAACUUCAACUUGAAACUGAGGAUUCAUUUUAUGGAGGAUCAACUGCAAAAACUCGGCCCAGAAACGAACAAGGAAGCACUUAAAGAAAACGCGGAGCUCAAAGUCAUCAAAACGACGAUGCAACGCGACAUUCUCCGGUACAAGAAGAACCUCGGACUGGCAAAGAAGGAAGCCGAUGAAUAUCAGCUUCAGCUGGUGGAACUACAGGGAAUGAGAUGGCACGAGCAAGCCGAUCAGACAGUACAGCGAGAAAUGGAUUUGAUGCGGGAGGAGCUCGAGUCGCGUGACAACGAACUUCGAGAAGUGCGCGAAGAAUUGAGAUACGCUAAAGAAUCCCAAUCAGAAGUGACCGAAAAGCUUCGAGACGACAUUGAGGAUUUAGAGGCUAGCUCAAGAGAGAAGGAUCGGAUCAUCGAGGAACGCGAAGAAGAGCUAGAAGAGCUGAGACGCAACAGCGAGGAAAAUGGCACGGCUUCUGAACUCCAGCAAGAACUUGAUCGUGCCCAGGAGCAGAUCCAAGAGCUCCAGGAUAGUCUCGACCAGGCUCAGUCUGAGAGCAGAGAGUCAGAGAUGGCUACUCGACAAGCCCUGGAAGACAAGGACCGUGUCGAGGAGGAUCUGAGAGAACUGCAAGAUGAGAUGUCGAACAAAUCCUUCACCACGAAAGGAUUAAGCCGGCAAAUGGAGGAAAGAACAGAGAAACUUGAACAAGAGGUACAAGACCUUCAACAAGAAAACCAUGUUCUGCGAACGGACCUCGAGAGCAAGACAAGCCAUGUGACUCGACUAGAAGAGCGCCAGCAAACCCUUCAGCAUGGUAUGGAAGACAACGCCCAUCUGCUGAGAGACCUUGAUCUGGCCAAGCAUGAACGUGAUCAAACCCAACAAGACUUGAACAGGGCCUCCGCUCAACUGCAGGAGCUUUCGAAUGAACUACAGCGCGAAACAGAAGAAAAGCAACUCCUCCAAACUCGCCACCAUGCUCUGACUGACGAAUCAGGGGGCCUGCAAACCGAGCUCGACCGGGCCCAAUCCCGAAUUCGUGAAUUGCAAAAAGCCGUCAACGAGGCCACAACGCACGCUCAAGACGAAGGUCACAAACUCCACUGGCAACACAAGUUACAGGUUGAUAGACUACAAGAGGAGAUUGAGAACCUUCAGCAUGAGAUCGAGGAGAAGGAGGGACGGUUUGCGGUCGAUCAAAGCCGAUGGGAGAGCAGCAAACGUGCCCUACAGUCUGAGAAAACAUGGGCAGAAGGCCAAGUUGCGGAACUGCAGCGCACGAUUGAUACACUCCAAGAGGCUGGUAAUACUUACACCACCAAGGAGUCUCGGCUGCAGGGUGCUGUUGAGAGCGAGAAAAAACGGUCUACCCAAGAGAAGACCAUGUUGAAUCGCCAAAUCCAAGAUCUCAAGGACGACCUCGAGAAAACAAGACGUGAUCUCGAUGAAAAACGGGAAGAGCUGUUCUCAGCCAAGGAGGAUGUUCGUUUAUCUCGACGCGACCAAGCUGCACUGGGAGAGAAAGUGCAAGCUUUGGAGGAUGAGGUUAUUGUCCUUCAAUCCACUUUGGCAGAUGAGCAAGAAAUUGCCAAAGGUCGACAAAACGCGAAUCCCGACAUGGAAAGAAAAUUGGAACAAUCCAUUACGGAACGUCAGAAGCUUCGUGAUCAACUUGCCAACGCUCAUGUCGAACUCUACGAAUUGCGAAACUCGGUGCAGGAACUCGAAGCCGAACGUGACGAGCUCAAUGGCCAGCUGGACAAGGCUCCGAAUACAGAUGACAACUCUCGGAUCGACCGCGACAAGUUCGAACUACGCAGAACGGUAACCAAGCUCGAGAAUGAUCUCAAAGCACUGCGUGAAGCCAAGUUGUCUCUUGAAAACCAACUUGUUUCAGAGACUGAGCAUUUUGUAGCAGAAGAGGGUCGUCUUUCCGCAGAAAUCGAUCGUCUCCAGGACAAGUUGCUUGCAAGCUCGGGCAACAGGGAUCGUGAACUCACCUCAGCCAAGACCAAAGUACAGCGCCUGGAGCGCCGCGUGCAAACUCUCGAGUCCUUGCUCGAGCAGCAGCCUGUCGUGGAAAAUGAGCAAUCUGGCGCACACAGUGAUCUCUCUUUACUUCGUCAAAGUCUGGAGGAGGCUCGCAAACGCGAAAAGAUUCUUGUUCACCGUGAAUCCAAGCACAAGUCAUCGGCGCAAACCUACAAGACACGUGUUGAUGAGUUGGAGAAGGACCUCCACGAUACAGUGAUGAGAAAGUUCGACUCCCAAUCUCCGCAGAACUCUCCCUCUGCCAAGUUAAACGAAGAGCUACGGACCUUGCGGAAGCAAGUGGCUGAAGCACACCGUUCCCUGCAAACAGUGAACAAGAAGAAUCGUGAGCUUGAACGUGCUGCCAUGAAAGAAGAAGACCAGAAGGACUUCCACGAGCUCCUCAGAUCAUCCACCCUCGAGGCCGAAUCACUCGCCCUCAAGCUCUCAGAGCGUGACGGACGUCUCACUGAAUUGAAGACGCAUGUACGCCGCAUUCGCGAAGAACGAGAUGCCCACAAGCGCGAAGCCGAAGCAGCAACUAAGAACAUUGAUUUGCUACAACGACGCCACGAAGAGGCCCUGGAAAAGAACUCCCUCACCAAAACGAGCAGUAAGACCAAGCACGAGAAAGAAAUGCGAGGUCUCGGCAAGGAGAUUGUCUGGCUUCGUGCCCGUCUACAGAGAGAGGAGAAGUUCCGACGUGAUCUUGCCUGGAGUAAGGGCCUGAUGGAGCUCGGUGAACGCGUUCGCGUAGCAUGCAACGACGCUGAUCUCCGCAUGAUCUCCGAGAUGGGAGUGCAGGCCCGUGACCGCGCUCCUGUCCGUACUCCCCGGCACAAAUUGAAAUCAGCCAUUUCCCUUGUACGGGCUGCAGUUCGGAUGAAGAAGAUGAGCAGCGAUUGGAAGCGAACGAAGAAAUUGGGUGAGGGCUUGAAGCGAGCUAAGACCGAGAUGAUUAAGCGUCGCGAUAGCUCGAACAGAAGCUUGCUUGGCCAGUAG